AUGCCUCAUGUCCACCGCUCCAAGGUGUGGCGCUGGUGCGUAUCCUACCACACCAGGAAGUUCCGUGACAGCCUGGCUCCAAACUACUACGAGACCUUACUGGGUGUGGCCAGAGACAAGCCUAAUCCCGCCUCCAAACAGAUAGAGCUUGAUCUGCUGAGGACCUUGCCUAACAACAAACACUACUCCUCCCCCGGCGCCGACGGAAUACAGAAACUACGUAAUGUCCUGCUCGCCUUCUCCUGGAGGAACCCUGACAUAGGAUACUGCCAGGGACUCAACAGGCUGGCAGCCAUAGCUCUGCUGUACCUGGACCAGGAGGAUGCUUUCUGGUGUCUCAUCACUAUCGUAGAGGUCUUUAUGCCCCAGGACUACUACACCAAGACCCUGCUGGGAUCACAGGUGGACCAGCGUGUUUUUAAGGACCUGCUGAGUGAGAAGCUGCCCAGACUCCACGCCCACUUUGAUCUCUACAAGGUUGACUCCUCCCUCAUUACCUUCAACUGGUUCCUGGUCCUCUUCGUAGACUCAGUGAACUCUGAUCUCCUCUUCAAGAUCUGGGAUGCCUUCCUGUACGAGGGACCCAAGAUCAUCUUCCGCUUCGCCCUCGCUCUCUUCAAGUACAAGGAGGAAGAGUUUCUGAAGCUCCUGGACUCCAUGGCCAUCUUCAAGUACCUCCGCUAUUUCACUAUAACUAUCCUGGACUGGAGGAAGUUGAUGAGCAUAGCGUUUGUGGACAUGAAUCCGUUCCCCCUCAGACAGAUCCAGAACCGCAGGACCUUCCAUCUGGAGAAGGUUAGACUAGAGCUGACAGAGCUUGAGGCCAUCAGACAAACCUUCCUCAGAGAGAGAGACACACACACCGACGCACGCYCGCUGUGUAGCGACGAUGAGGAGGACAACUAGCCAAUCAGGGCCCAGGACAACUAGCACAUCAGCAGAGAGACUGACCACGGCCCCCGACGCAUUCACGCUUUGUAGCGACAACUAGCACACAGUCUGUCAGGGUGCAGUGCCUGCAGACURCAGCCAAUCAGGAUCCAGGUCUGUGUGAUUCUAUCGUAUCACCUGCAGACUCCAGCCAAUCAGGACCCUAGCCUGGCUGUCCCGCCCACCUUCAGACCAAACAGACGCUGUCAUGAGUAAUGACCCAUCAUGAUGACCAGUGAUAUAUCCACAUACUCCCCACUCUCUGUAACGCUGGACCUGUCWCCUCCAUGUUCUCCACAUACUCCKCACUCUCUGUAACGCUGGACCUGUCUCCUCCAUGUUCUCCACAUACUCCCCACUCUCUGCAACGCUGGACCUGUCUCCUCCAUGUUCUCCACAUACUCCCCACUCU